ACCGGGACUCGCCCUGCCCGCAGCAGCGCCCUUGCUGAAGGCGGCGGCGGCGGCCCGGGGGAAGGGGGGCUGCAGCAGCCCGGCGAGCCGCCCACCCGCGCCGCGGGCAUCGCCCCCGCUCGCGUCCCUCCAGUCCCCGCAGGGCGGAAAGGCGGCGGCGGCGGCGGCGGCGGCAUUGUGAAGCGCGCAGCGGCUCGCAGGCCCGGGAGCAGCGGGGCUCGCUCCCGCCCGAGCCCGAUGAGCCAGCCGGACAGCAGCGCCCCGGAGCCGGCGGCGGCGCCGGGAGAGCAGGCUGAUGAGAGCAGCAGUACUGGGAAGAGAAGCUCUUCAAGCAGGGAGCACUUGAAGAGGAGUCCGAAGAGCCCGAAAGCAGAGGGCUCUGAUUCUGUGACAUCUCAGUCCUCGCCGAGUGAAGAGCCCGGAACGAUGACAGAGGUGAAGGUGAAAACAGAGAUACCAGAUGACUAUAUUCAAGAGGUGAUCUGGCAGGAUGACACCAAAGAUUCCAAGAAAAACAUAAAGGAUGGUCCAGGAGAUGUGCCAGCAGAAAUAUGUGUGGUGAUUGGAGGUGUCCGCAACCAGCAGACACUUGAUGGAAAAGCAGUGGAACACAGCUCUCCUGUUGGAUAUUCACGAAAUCGAUACUCAGGCACCUGGAUUUUUGACCAUGCAUUGAGAUACACAUCCGGGUCUUAUGAGUGUGGAAUAUGUGGGAAGAAAUACAAGUAUUACAACUGUUUCCAGACCCAUGUGCGAGCGCAUAGAGACACUGAAGCUGCCUCAGGUGAAGGAGCCUCACAAGGCAACAAUUUUAGGUACACAUGUGACAUUUGUGGGAAAAAAUAUAAAUACUACAGCUGUUUCCAAGAGCACAGAGACCUGCACGCGGUGGAUGUUUUUAGUGUGGAAGGGGCCCCAGAAAACCGGGCAGACCCUUAUGACCAGACAGUCAUAGCAGCAGAUGAAGUGAAAGAGGAGGAGCCAGAACCAUUUCAGAAGAUUGGUCCAAAAACUGGCAAUUAUACAUGUGAAUUCUGCGGCAAGCAGUACAAAUAUUACACUCCCUACCAGGAACAUGUGGCACUGCAUGCACCUAUUAAGUUCUCUCGAUCUCCACUCUUCGUGGCAGUGAAGACACAGGCGAGCCAAUCCGGCAAAAAAACACCGGCUUCCAUAAUCCGAUGUUCCACCCUCCUGCACCGCUCCCCGUCCGGUAUCCCACCGGCAUCCCAAUCCCAGAUGUUCCGCGCUCCAAAUUCUGGAUCCCCAGGAAGCAAGGCCACGACAGCAGAAAGCGCAUUCAGUAGGAGAGUGGAAGGCAAAGUGCAAAACAACUUUGAAGAAACAAACAGCAGCUCCCAAAACUCUAGUGAAACUGCAAGUCCCCUGAUUUCAAAUCCUUUCCCGCUUUUACAAAAACCCUACACCUGCGGAGCUUGUGGAAUCCAGUUUCAGUUUUAUAACAAUCUGCUGGAGCACAUGCAGUCCCAUGCAGCUGACAAUGAGAACAAUAUUGCCUCUAACCAACCCAGAUCACCUCUGACUGUUGUGGAAGAAAAGUGGAAACCACAGCUCCAAAGAAACAAUGCCAAUAAUACAUCUGCAAGUGGUUCAGUAGCAAACAGUGCAAUCCCGGAGAAGGAGCGGCAGAACAUUGCUGAAAGGCUGCUGCGGGUAAUGUGCACCGACCUAGGAGCUUUGAGUGUGGUGAGCGGGAAGGAAUUCAUCAAGCUGGCACAGACCUUGGUGGAUAGUGGUGCUCGUUACGGUGCUUUCUCUGUCACAGAAAUCCUUGGCAACUUCAACACACUGGCACUGAAGCAUUUGCCUCGGAUGUACAACCAAGUGAAAGUGAAAGUCACCUGUGCCCUGGGCAGCAAUGCCUGCCUAGGGAUAGGUGUCACUUGCCACUCUCAGAGCAUUGGCCCUGAUUCCUGCUACAUCCUGACAGCUUAUCAAGCUGAAGGCAACCACAUCAAGAGUUAUGUCCUGGGAAUUAAGGGUGUGGACAUCCGAGAUAAUGGUGAUUUUAUCCACCACUGGGUGCAGAACGUGAUGUCUGAGUUUGUGAUGUCAGAAAUCAGGACAGUGUACGUCACAGACUGCAAAGUCAACUCCUCUGCAUUCUCCAAGGCAGGUAUGUGCUUGCGUUGUUCGGCCUGUGCCUUGAACUCAGUCGUGCAGAGCGUGCUGAGUAAGCGAACACUACAGGCUCGCAACAUGCACGAAGUCAUCGAGCUCCUGAAUGUCUGUGAAGAUUUGGCAGGAUCCACGGGCCUCUCAAAGGAGACCUUUGGCUCCCUGGAGGAGACGUCUCCCCCACCCUGCUGGAACUCAGUGACUGACUCCCUCUUGCUUGUCCAUGAGCGUUACGAGCAGAUAUGCGAGUUCUACAGCAGAGCCAAGAAGAUGAACCUCAUCCAAAACCUGAACAAGCAUCUUCUCAGCAACCUGGCAGCCAUUUUGGCCCCAGUGAAACAAGCCGUGAUUGAACUGAGCAAUGAGAGCCGGCCCACCCUGCAGCUGGUACUGCCCACCUACGUGAAACUGGAGAAACUAUUCACUUCCAAAGCCAAUGACGCUGGCAUAGUCAGCAAGCUUUGCCACCUCUUCCUGGAGGCACUGAAGGAGAACUUCAAAGUUCACUCUGCACACAAAGUAGCCAUGAUCUUGGACCCUCAGCAGAAACUGCGGCCAGUCCCACCAUACCAGCAUGAAGAGAUCAUUGGCAAAGUCUGUGAAUUGAUCAAUGAAGUGAAAGAGUCCUGGGCAGAAGAACCAGAAUUUGAACCUUCUACCAAGAAACCAAGGGCAGCAGGUGAGGCCCCGCCAGCUCAGGAAGAAGAGCAGUUUGGGAAAAAUGAAGUCUACGAUUAUUUGCAAGAACCCCUCUUCCAGGCCACCCCUGAUCUAUUUCAGUACUGGUCUUGUGUUACCCAAAAGCAUACGAAACUAGCCAAGUUGGCCUUUUGGCUCUUAGCAGUGCCUGCUGUCGGUGCCAGAAGUGAAUGUGUAAAUAUGUGUGAGCAGGCCCUUUUAAUCAAAAGGAGACGGCUGCUCAGUCCAGAAGACAUGAACAAACUCAUGUUUUUGAAGUCCAACAUGCUUUAAAACUGUCUUUUAAUUAAAAAAAAACAAACAAAAAAAUUUAAAACACUGUUCCAGACAAAGAAAAAAAUUUAAGUUCUAAACACUGUGGACCUCAUUAUGAAAGCCCCUGGAAACCAAGUGCUUAUAUAUAUGUGUGUAUGAUUUUAUAUAUAUAUGUGUGUGUGUGUGUGUGUGUGUGUGUGUGUGUGUAUACACACACAUCUUGGUUUGUUCUACACACACACACACACACACACACAUAUAUAAAAUAUAAUAAAAAACUAAGUUUCAGAGGGAAGCCGAACACGUGUCAGACACAGCCCUCUGCCAGGAACAUGCUCCUUUCUGUUAGCUAGCAUGUGGACUUGAUAGACUUUCUAAUGUUUUCAAGUGGGCACACCAAUGGGAGGCUGACAUUCUAAAAUCUUCAGGCAGCUGCAAUCUAAAGUGACUUGAAGUUUCUUUUAUUUCUCCUCCACCCCACCUCUCCUCUUGUCCCCUGGGCUACCUUGCCAUGGAUAAUCAAAUAGCAUUGAAUAGACCAGUUCUCCACUGGGCUUUGCUCCUAUGAAUAACUGUACACCUUGAGGGCAUUUGUUUGUAGCCUUCUUAACAUAUGUUGCAUGUUAUCAAGGCAGCUGUGUUUUACAAGCACUAGUAUCUCUAGAAAUCAGGAAGGGAGACUUUAAGGAAACACAUUUUUUUGCAUUUUAAUAUAAGACACAAAAAUUAUACUCUUCUGUCUCCACUCCCAUUUUUGAAUUUAACGUUUUAGCUAGUGAUUUUACCAUUUUGAGUUUGAUUUAGAACUGAGAGAAAUUAUUAUGGCAAAAAGUCUCUGUAACUGUUAUGUUUUAUAUAAUUUUUUUACAAGAUAAACUUUUUUUUGAAGUCCCACUGUAAACUAGCUCAUCUCACUUGUGCAUCUUAUAUAGCAGUGGUUCUUAAACUUGUUCAUAGAGUGGAACAAAUCUUCACAGUUGGAUUGUCAUGUCGAUACCUCCUGUCCCAUUGAGGACCAACAACAUCCCUGUGGGAACUGCUGCAAUUGAUUAAAUGGAGAAGUAACAUUAACAAAGUAAUGUAAUUUUAGUGUCUUUCAAUACACUUUAACAGCUAACACAGUAUGACUGGACAGGUCUCUGUGGACAACCAGCAAAUGAUCCACAGGCUUCAGUUUGAGAACCUCUGCUAUACAACAUUUUUGUAAGCCUUCCCCGUACACAUGUCAAAACAAUCUUCACAUGGUCAAGAACAAACCAAGGUGUAUGAUAUAUCAGGGGAGCAGAGGUCAUCAGUUUUCAAAAUGUAGGGUUUGGAGGAAGCUAAGAUAAGCGUGUGGGCUUCUGAAUGUAUGUGCUCCCAUUUGAGUGCAGAGUACCUUCUUGCGUUAUUCUGAAUGGUUUUCUCUGAUAGCACGAAUGUCUUUUAAAUACCUAUAGUGCAUUACACUACUUGCUACAUUGCUGAAUCAUUCUAGCUAGUAAGGUCCUGUGACCUUAAAACUUCAUGUUCACUGGCUCUUCAGACAUAUAGACCAUUCCCACUUGCAGUAUAGGAGAUCAUCAUAAAAUCCAAGUAUCAUGAGUCAUUUCAGCUGGCAGGCAAGGCAAGCUCUUAAGGAUACGUCUUUACUGCAAAAAAACCACUCUGUGCAAUAAGUCUCAGAGCUUGGGUCAGCUGACUUAGGCCUGCAGAGUUUGUGCUGCAGAGCUAAAAAUAGCAGUGUAGAUGUUCCCCUUUGGCCUGGAGCCCAGAUUCUGAGAUUUUGGCUCGCCAAGUCUCCGAGCCCAGGCUCCAGUCCAAGCGGGAACAUCUACUAUUUUUAGUCCCGAGGUGUGAACCCGAGUCAGUUGACCGGGCUCUAAGACUCACUGCUGCUGGAGCUUUUUUGCUGUGUAGACGAAUCCUAAAUGUCUGCACACAAAGUUGAGUGGCAUCGCACCUGACCUCUUAAAUCUGGUGUUCUUGGAUGAAUCCAGACCCUUGGUAUCAAACUGAAUUCUCCACCAAAGGGAUUUGGAUCCCAAUUGCAAAAUUAAAUAAAUUCCUUUCUUGAUGCAUCCUCUCACACUUGAAGCAGUUUGCUCCCUACUUGGAAUCACUGGUGACAAGAGACUGGUCUUAUGUGCCCAGAUGAGUCUCCAGAGCAGUUCAGUUGGUAACACUAUCAACUCUGAACUGAAAGGUUGUGGGUUGAAAUCCCUGAGCAGGAUGUGGGUAUGUGCUGCAUGCUGACAAUGUACUCCUGGGGACAAGGAGGCUGCUGCACACUUAGAGGUACCAUCCACUGAACAGACAUUAAGCCAAGGUUUCCUCUGCCCAUCUCUGGUUGUGGUGACAAUUAAAAGUCCAAAGACACUUGUUAGCAAUGGAGGAUAAAGCCCAGAGUUCUGGCCAAUAAAUCCAUCUCCCAGUAGAACAAGUUCUAACUCCCCAUGUGAGCACACAUUGGUUGCUGUUUGCUUGCAGUCACUUGCACUCCCAGUAUCUAACACUUCCCCUUCAGACACCUAGAUUAUGAAAGGCACUGAAUGAUGUUCUCUGUGGGCUGUAUUGCUCAGAGCUGGGAGAGUUCUCACAAUAGUGACCCCUACUUGUUCCAGGCACAUCUAAGGACAGCCCUGGGUAUGCAGAUAUCUUUCCCAACAGACCUCUGCCCCUUCCCAGCUGGGAAACAACACCUCGUGCAGACUGAAUAAGCUGAAGAUUGUGUUGGCUUCCUGCCCGUGACACCAGUGCAAAAUCAUCCAUCUUCUAAAUGCAAUUGUAAGUGUGGCUAUGGAGGUCUUUAUUCUAACAAAGUUUCUAGUAAGCACAGCCCAGUGCUGCAGGAAUAAUUCCAUUUAAAGAGAACACUCAAGAGCAGGAGACACCCCAAAAUGUAUUUUCUUGUGCAAUUGACUUUGCAAACAGAGAUAUUUCUUUGUGGGAUUUCUUGUCCCUUCAGAACAAAGGUUUUUGCUGUUUAUUUCCUCCCAUAUGAGCACUACCUGCCCAGUCAUUUUGAGCAACCCUACAAUAAUUAAUCGGUUUGCACAUGCAAUGCAAGAGAAAAGUUUAAUAAACAAAUUGAAAUUUCAAACUGCCAAGGAGAAAAAGAAAAGGGAGAGAAACCCUGACUGUGAAAACUGAGUAACCUUUGUGACAUGCUUUAGUUACCACUGAGAGAAAAUAGUGAUGCUUACACAGUAAAACUUUCACUGAGUUCAGAACCCAAAGCAGGAACGGCUUUCCAGUUUUUUGCAUAUAGUGUGCAUGAUGCACCUUGACAGUCAAAACUCCUGACAGGAUUUUGGUUCAUUCUCAUGGAAUCAGUAUAUUACAUCUUAGUAAGUCCUUUUAAAGGAGCUGAAGGGAGUUAACCACACAACUCCCAUUGAAAUUCAAUUCCAGUUCAGUGGGAAAUGAGCUUCCAAUUCCCCUACCUUUCCUUCAAAUUCCCAACCUUAAUCAAGAACAUGUUUGCUAUUGGACAGGAUUAGUAGUUUUGUGGGACAAGUGAGAUUUGUUGUCCCAGCCUGGGGACAGUGUGAUUGUUCUCCUUUCUUACGUAUCAGGAAGACACUGUGUGAACAGAGGGGACUUGACUGGGGGAAGGGAUAGCUCAGUGGUUUGAGCAUUAGCCUGCUAAACCCAGGGUUGUGAGUUCAAUCCUUGAGGGGGCCAUUUAGGGAUCUGGGGAAAAAAUUGGGGAUUUGUCCUGCUUUGAGCAGGGGGUUGGACUAGAUGCCCUCCUGAGGUCCCUUCCAACCCCGAUAUUCUAUGACAGGGAGUCAAAGCCCUAACAUAGUGAAUGAGACAGAAUUGGAACCAUUUUGGCAUCUACUUAAUAUGCAGACUGAUGUUAACAUCAGAUUUGAGAAUCAUUUUUGGAGCUUUCUUGGUGGAAAGAUCAGAGAAAGAAGCUUACUAGACUUCUCGCCCUAGCCAAAUUGGGAAUGCCUCCAACACAGUUAUAGCCGUACUGCUAUGGAUGUCAAACCCAUGACUGCAGUGGUGUCUGAUAGGUGAGAAACUCACCAAUAUUUAUAAACUCAGCCUGGCAGUCUAGAAAGUCCAUGAGCUUACAUGAAAUUAACAACUACCUGUUCCCUACCAAGAGAAUGGAAGAGUUCGCAGCUUCUAAUAAGGAAGAUAAACAUGUUACAGGCACUAUGCAUUUCACUUGCAAGCACCUGUUAGUGCUUUGUGCUGCCCACAGGAUGAUACCAGCCUAUGAUGAGCUGCCCCUCGACUGUCCCUAUCCACUUCUUCUCUACUCUUGUCAGUUAUAAGGAGAGAAUUGUGUCAGCAGCACACAGAUUUCCUUUAUUUGCAAAGGAUUUUGUGAUGAUUUUCCUCCUUCCCGGCCCCAGUUACUCAGACAGUAGCUCAUUCCAGGGAGUGCAGAUAAUUUGCAAUGGUUUUGAAUUUAGGAAAUCUUUACCAUUGAUUUGCCAAGUUCUCCAUUUAUUUAUUGCUCUUUGUUAAGUUUGGCUUGACCGUCACGCUGUACAUAGAAUCGCUUUCUCCCACAGCAGUCUCUAGUAGCAGCAGGCACUGCCUGUCCCACAGUGGGAAGUGGUAGAGUAGAGAAGACACGCCUCAUGGUAGUGCUGUAUGUGCAAUGUAGUUCCAUUCCUUUUGAACUGGAAGCUCUUUCAUCCAGCUGUUGGAUGGAACAGUCUGUGUUGGGAAUUCUCCCCCCUUCCUCCCCAAUGAGGAGGACAUCAAACUUAAUACAAAGCUUAUGUGUUUGACUGGUGCGGAAAAGAGUUAUGCCUCCCCUCUAGGCUGUGUCCCCUUGCUUAAGGAAGCAAGCCAGUUUAUCGGUUUGGGAGAAACUUUUGUGCCACAUUAUUGUGACAUUGGCAAAUCAUUGUGCUACACUGGCCUGGAAACAUUUUUGGGGAUACUUCUGUGUCCUGCAACCUUAGCUUUUUGAAUAAUCCCACAAAGAUCUGUUUUGGUGGCCAGUAAGCUGAGUGGAACAUCCUGUUGCUGUAGAAGCAGUUUCACUCUGCAUUGUCAGUUACAGGCCCACUGAUGUAUGCUUAGGAAACUGCAAAACACUUUGCUUCCCUCAUUCAUUAUAGAUAAACACUUCUAUGAACGAAACCGGAAUCUCUGUUCUGUGUGAACUAAUCUGCUGCUGUUUAUUCUGCACCUGACAUCAUAUUCCUCUGUGCUGUGGAAACCAUUAUGAUGUCUGAGAACUGUCAUAGAAGGAAACAAGCACCAAGAGUAGAUGAACUCUGAAGAAAGAAAGUUCCUCUUGUCUUGUCCAAAUAUUCUUCUUAACAAAGGCAGAGAACUGAAAAAAUAGGAUAUAAAGGCAGAAUUUUUCUACGCAGAAAGUUCUGUUUUUGUGAGCGUGCAGCAGCUGAGAUGCCUGUUGAACAGCGCUGAACCUAUAACCCUCUCCUCUAUCUGAGUUUCUCCUCUCCUUUUUUCCAACAAUAGAACAUGGUUAUUGUCCAACAAUAUUCCACUCCACUUUGAGGUUAUCUCUUGAAUGGUUAGGAGCAAGCUGACUGGCUGAUGUGAUGGGUCCAGUGUCUUGUUGUUCUGUUGCGUUUCAGGCUGGAGUGAAGGAUGUUAGCAAAGACUUGUUCAUAUGAGAAAAUUUGCAACCAUUUAACUAAAUAGAAUCUAAAUCAAAUUGAGUAAAACAGCAUUUUAGUUAAACAAAGAGAAGAUUAAGGGGUGACUUAGCUACCUGGGAAACAAGUGUUUAAUAAUGGGCUCAUCAAUUUAGAAGAGAAACAUCUAACAUGAUCCAAUGGCUAAAAGUUGAAGAUAGACAAAUUCAAACUGGAAAAAGGCCUAAAUUUUUAACACAGAGGAGAAUUAACCAUUGGAACAACUUCCCAAAGAGUGUGGUAGAUUCUCCAUUACUGGCAAUUUUAAAAUCAAGAUUGGAUGUUUUUCUAAAAGAUCUGCUCUAGGAAUUAUUUUGGGGAAUUGUUAUACAGGAGGUCAGACUAGAUGAUCACAAUGGUCCCUUCCGGCUUUGGAAUCUAUGAAAAAUUGGUGAAAACCCCUAAAUGUAGCCAUUCAAACUAAUUUAAGCACGUGUUAAAUUGGUUUAGCUUGAGUCUGUAAAUUACAGAAUUAAGCUAAAUCGAUUUAAGUACGAGUUAAACUGGUUUAAGCAUCUACAUUAGAGGUUUCUGCCAGUUUCACUAGAUAUAUUUAAUGAACACUGAUGUAGUUUUUCUCUUAUAAACAAGGUGUAACAUUUUAAAAAGUACCUAAAAGCCAGAUUUUUAAGGGUAUUUAGGCACCUAAUGCCCUUUAAAAAUGUGUCCAGUAGUGACUUAGGAUCCUACAUCAAUUUUUGAAAAUGGGAUGUAGGCACUUAGGGCUAUGAGUCUUAAAUUAAAUCCCUGAAUCCCUUUUGAAAAUGGGACUUUGGUGCUUCUGAAAAUAUUGCCCAAGGCCCGAAUUGCUGUGUCAGAGAAUCCUUCUGCAGUCUUAGUGUUCCAUGUGGUGCCUCACAGUGUUGUGGCUCUCACACCUUAUAGAGUGGCUCUAUGCAACUUUCACACACUGUAGCAAUGGGGAGGGUUUUCUGUAAGAAGUAUUUUGUUGAAGGGGGAGUUCGUACCGCCUUAGCCAAUCUGAAGCAUACUUUAGAGCACUCUGAAUCUAACAAUGGCUGAACUAUCAACGUGACACAGAGGAGGGAAAUGAUAAUAAAGAGACAUUAUACUGUACCUAAAAUACUAUGUUCACUUCCAGACACCACAAAGUUACCAACAAAUUGGAAGCAGUGGGGCUGGGUGGACUGACCUAUAACGAAGAAAAAGCUAAAUCUAGUUUGACUAAGUGACAACCAAGGGAGGACAAGAGGGUCUGUGAGUAUUUCAGAGGUGCGAACUCCCAAGUGGGGAGAGGGGUAGAGUUGUUUAGGGUGUUCCAUGUGAAAUAACUAGGAGUAACGGGAUGAAAUUAAACAAAGGAGAUUUAAACUGGAUCUCAGGAAGCCUGGCUUAUUGCGGAAGGAUCUAUUAAAUCUAGGAGUAGUCUCUCAAGGGAAUGGGUUUGGAGCCCCAUCAUUUAAAACAAGACCAGAUAGAGCAAUGGAGGACAGACUGCAUGGCUCAGUACUGCAUUCGCCUCUGUGCAUGGACAAAGUGACCAAAUAGAUUUUUUCCUUCUCUAAAGUAUAUAUACACGUGCUUUAGAAUGGAGGCAGCUGAUGGGCUUGCAGAAUGGCACCAAUUCUGAGGGUACCUGGGCACAAAUAAUAAAUGGAUGCCUCUCAUUUACUCUCAAGCUAACAGUGCAAGCAAGAUUGAGAGUUAAAUCAAACGUUUUACUCCUCCCACUGUGCAUCAGUUGUGUCACACAGAAGUUCUGAGUCCUUGGUAUCAUCUGGGAAUCCCUAGAAGCAUCAGACACUGCAGGUAAAAUUUUCAAUGGGAUUUGGGCUCCUAAAUCACUUCGGUGAUUUUGAAAAUGUUGCCCAGUAGCAAUAAGUACUCUCUUGUACAGCACCUAGGACAUGUCUGUAUAUCAUGGGGAAUUUUAGGCUUAUGGAAACUUCAUUAAGCCAAUCAUUGUAAAUGAGCAGAGGUAAAAACAAGCACAGAUCCUAGUUGGAAUGGCCCUUUGAUACUAUGGGAAUAGCUUGCUUAUGCUAGGCCAGAUAUGGUAAACCAAGGAGAGUGUAUUGCCCUCUAAUUUAAUUUUCUACCAUGAAAGUUUGGAGGAGGUUCUGUUUAAUUUUGUUGGUCAGUUGGGUUUUUUGGGGGGAGAGUUGUGGGAUUUUUUUUGUUUUUUUACUACGCCUGUUAGAGUCCUUUGUUUUAUAACUUGACAGAAGAGUUUUACUCACAUUAGAGGACAGUGUAUCCAGUAGACUUUUUAGGGUUUAGAAAUCUGUAAGCAGCUGAAUGUGAAAUUUUUAGUGUAGCUUCUGCAAUCAGUCACAUGAAUGGCCCAACAUCGACCACUGACUGAAAGGAUUGUUUCUUUCUGUAUUUUAGUGUCACUGACAGGAGCCAGCAUUUGUCUUGGUACCCUGAUGAGCAGCAUAGCCUUAACAAUAGGGAGGUUUUGCAAUGGAAUUGAUGGAUAGAGGCACGUAAAACCCUUGCUAUGUACAGCCAAAGUUCCUUAAAGAGACCCUUCCAGCCUCAUAAGUCUUGAAUAGUCUUCUGGGGAUCCUUGGGGUUGUCUCUGAAAUGUGUGGUUAGGGUAUAUAUUUUUUAUUUUUGAUUGUUAUCCAUGGAGAAGGUCCCAUCUGCUUGAGAAGGGAGGCAUGUACUCUGAAAAGAGCAACAGAAUCUUAGGGCAAUUGUGUAUGUUGCCAAAGUCCCUUUACAUUCAUUGGAAGUUUUAUUUAAUUUUGUAAAAGGAAAACUGAUAAUGGAUGACAGGUGAAUACCCAAGGUCACAAAUGCAGGAGGAAUUCACAUCAUCCAGAUUCUGAGGAUUCCAGUCUAUCCUGUAGCUAGAACAUCUCCGACCAACAAAAACACAAGGAAAUCCUCAUAUGCAGCCAGUCUGAAAAGUUCUUCACUUUGUAUGUUAAGUUCUUGAAACCUCCUGUUGGGAGCUGAAUUCUUCUUGUUUCAUCAGGAAAAUGAUUAACAAAGUUCUCCUUUUCCUCCCCAUCUCCUCUCACCCAGUAACUUGUGUACAUUUACCUUCCUUUCGAUAGAUGCAGAUGUUCUAGGCAAUACCAUAGAUGCACCAGCAUGUGUCUCUCUACGUGCAAGUGCAAGAAUCUCAUGCCAUCUUAAAAAAAGAAAAUAUACAAAAAAUAUCUUUUUUAGGCCAGAGUUUUCUACAGGUAUUAAUGAAUAUUUUUCUUAAUCCUUAUAAGUUUUAUGUGUUUAAUAUUUCUUAAUACCAGUAGCAUUAAUUUAUACUUUUGUAGCAACACAAUAUUUUUAUAAACCGCCACCGCUGGCUUUAUCUUCAUAAUGGGGAAAUGUGCGGGCAGUUGGCCCCGCAUUGUACCAUGUACUGUAUUUAAAAGGUUAUCUAAUGUCACACUUGCUGUGUUAAUAAACAAAACAAACCUGUUUGAAGUCUCAUGUAUUGUUGGUGUGGAUUGAAUGACUCAAUAGAGAGCAAUAUUGCACGGGAUUGAGUUGCUGAUUUUCAUUGUGAUAUAUGAAUGCUUGAGGCUAACUCAAGUUCUAGGUUUUUUCUUUCUAGGAUUUUUUUUUUCGUUUAUUUUUUACAGCUAAAUAAAUUCAGUGCUGUUUGAAACUUAGAUUGACGUCAAAUGAAAAAGGAUUCUUUAAAAAAAAAUCAAGCUGUUUAAAUGUUGCUGUUUCUACAAGUCUGUUGCUGUCUGAAUGGAAAUAUUCCAUGUGUGAAAAGGAGUAAUUCCACUUAAGAUCCAACUAGCUCAGAGCUCCAGGCCAGAGUUCAGUUAUUUGGAGAGGUGUCUUAGAGACAUAUUUCUGCAACAUUCUUUUCAGAGUUGAUGCCAAGGCAGAAGACCAACUGUUAGAAAGCAUCAGUUGCUUGAGGAUUUUCAUGUCAGUGUUGUAUUUAUGGUUUUACAAUAAAACAACCUUUAGGAAAAAAAUAA